AUGUCAGCCGACCCGGACUCCAGCCGAUUCGCCCCUGCCCGGUGUAGACCUGUUUUUACAUUUGGGGGGAACUUCACUGGAAACACGGGACUGAUUGGGAGUCAGGGGUACACCGGUCUCUACCCGCCCAACAGCACGUGUGUGUGGAGAAUUACUUUAAAAGGUUUGGUUCCUCAAGGGAAGGUUGUCUCCAUCUUGUUCAGAGCUCUGGAUCUUGAGAAUGAUAGUUGCAGUCGCUUCUGUGGUACAGCCAAACCCAGAGCAUUGGUCACCAAUGGAAACAAGAUGCAAGUGGUCAUGGUGUCAGAUGCCAACACAGCUGGGAGUGGUUUCCUUGCUGUAUACUCAGCGAUUCGCCCAAAUGAAAGAGGCCGGGGGAUACUCCCGGGACUGCGCUCUAUUACCCCCCCCGGGGGUCUUUUAGACAAACCCUCCGGGAUGAUAGAAACCCCUAACUGGCCAGAUAAAGACUACCCAGCAGAGUGUUCCUGGCAUAUUGUUGCUCCUCAAAACCAGGUAAUAAUUCAUAAUUUCUGCAAGUUUGAUGUGGAGAGAGACCGCUACUGCCGCUAUGACCAUGUGGCUGUGUUUAAUGAUGGAGAAACGAACGAGUCACGGAAGAUCGGCAAGUUCUGUGGAGACAGCCCAACCAUGCCAAUUUAUUCUGAUGGCAAUCAUCUCUUCAUCAAGUUUCUGUCUGACUUGAGUCUAACUGCGGAUGGAUUUAUUGGUCAUUACCGCUUUAAAUCGUGGGCUCUCAGCACAGCCAGUGUCCCUCUCACUCCCAUGAGCACUAUCCCACCCACCAUACCACCCGCAGGUCAGUCUUGCAAGCAGAAAUGCAAAAGGACUGGAACAAUUGAAAGCCAUUACUGCUCUAGUAACUUUGUGAUUAUCGCCACCCUUAUCUCAGCAGCCACGAGGGACCACAGUGUCCUCGCCACCUUCUCCAUCCUGCACCUUUAUAAGGAAGGAAGUUUAGCCAUCCAACAGGCUGGGAAGACCAUGAGCACCAAAGUCACGGUCCUCUGUAAAAAAUGCCCUCUGGUCAGAAGAGGGCUUAACUACAUUGUCAUGGGACAGACAGGUGAACAGGGACGAGGUAUUGUGUCUCCUCAUAACUUUGUGAUGGCCUUCAAAACUAAGAAGCAAUGGGAUCUGGGAGUGUUGAAGAAUUUACGCUGCUAAUGUGCUCAGGUCACAUCCAUGGCUGUUCAUUUCGAUGACUUAAAUGAUUCACUUGAUGUAAAUGCUUUUGAUAACAUUCAUACUUGAAGGACUCUUUCAGUAUUUAAGAGUGGUCUGAUUUUUUUCAUAUUUCUGAGGCAUGUUUACUCCAAUAGAACAUUUAAAAAAUCUUUAGUGUUUUUUUUUAUUUUAUGUUGAUGAUCAUAUUUGACUAUGAAAGACUUUUACUAUGUUUUUAAUAUCUCUGACCACACGAACCAAUGAUCCCAUUAGAUUUAGCUCAUCUGAAGAGCUGAACUGUUGCAGAGCAUGCUAGAAACCUUAUAUAUAAAUGAAAGCACUCGCUACAACACAAACUCCUUCAUUUGCAGUAGCUGCGGGGUGGUGACAUUUAUGUUCCAGGAGAUCUGGACAUGUUGGCCUUUGAAUCUGACAUUUAUCCAAUCUAUCUAGUGUUGUAAUGAGUGAACGAAGAUUGAAGAUGACAAAAUGAAAUGUUGUCAAAAUGAAGUGCACUGCAAAAUUGGUAUUAUGUCAGCUGAGGUUACUACAAAAGGAUCCCGAGUCAUUCAAGUUAUUUGAACUCUGAAACCAUUUAAAAAUGGAAGUUUCUGGUAUUUCUGGUGAUUUAGGUAAACAUUCAUAUUAAAGAGUCUAUCUAUGGUUUAUAAUUGCAUUAUUCAAAUUAUGACAAGGAAUAUAGGAUGGAUUUGAA